ACGAGUCUCGUAAAUUACUUGAGUUUUAGUUCAAAUUCGACACUUUUAAUUAACUUUUAGUUCAGCUGAUAGAAUCUAAAUUACAUCGAAUUCUUUGCAGUAUAGAAUGAUUUACAGAAUAAAUUUCACAAAUAUCUAACCCCCUUUUUUUUCCUAUUAUUGUCCAAAGAUUCAAAAACGUCAAACUUGUUUAUUUCUUGCAAUGCAAUAAAAAUUCAAACCAAAUGAAUCAGCCUCGAAGCAUAUACAAAACUGAUUAUGUUCCUUUUGACUGGAUGGAAAACAAUUUUUCUUCGGGAAAUAAUGAUUUCUGUUCUUCAGAAAACAUAGAUGAGUGCUUAAGACAUAUAUCUCAGGAACUAAGUGCCUUAGGCUAUCCGUCCAUAUAUUCUAGUUCUAGUGAUUGUGGAUAUGCUGUGAAUUGUGAUAUUGUGAGGUUACUGAAUGUUACUUUUGAAUUAAUUGGAAGCUGUAGAGAGCAUGCUCAAAUUAAAGAUGACCUUGAAUGCAGAAAUCGUCGUUUAUCAAGUGAUUUGAGUACUUUGAGUAAAAAAAAUGCACUACUAAAAGAGAGCUUGGAACAAUCUGAAAACAAAUACAAGAGUGUAUUAGAAAGGGAGAGACAGUUGAAAGAAAAAAACAAUCGUCUUUUGCAAACCAUCAAGAAUGAAAAGGAAGAGUCAAAGAAGCUAUCUUCUCAAAUGCAGCAACAGAAAAUUACAUAUCAGCAUGAAAUGCGUAAAUAUGAAAAUACUAUAAGCCAGAUGAAAACUAAAUUGAAUCAGAUAAUUUCAGACAGAAAUCCCGAUAAGAAAGUUGCAAGUAUUAGCCCAUCUUAUUUAUUACAAAGAAAUUCUAAACAAAGAGGAAAAUGGCAAACUGGCUCUGUAGCAAAAUCAUGUAUGGAGGAAAUGUACAGCUCUGUUAUAUCCAGCUAUGAAAAUCGUUGCCAGGAAAUGAUGAAAGAGAUUUCUGAAUACCGCAGCUGUUUUGAACAGAUUCAUUAUCAAAUAAUUGAAAUUAAUUUAUCAAUUGGAGGCAGCAUGCAAGAUUUCAUGGAUCUUAUUCCAUUGAAAGCCAUAUGGAAUAGAACUGAUUUACGAGUUACUUUAGAUGACAGAUUUCAAUAUUUACUUAAUAAAUUGAAAGGAAAUGCUUUAAAAAUAGUUGCUGAUAACUCUAGGAAGAGUGAAAAUGAAGCAACUCUUUUGAAAUUGAAAUUAUCUUCACAUGAAGAAUUAAAUGAAGAAUCAAAACCAUGUGAACAGAUGGCUGUGUCAGAAGAAAAAGAAAUGAAAGAUAAAGAAUUAAGUGGUUGUUUCGAGAAAUUAAGUUUAAAUGCAAUGAAAGAGCAGCUGGAGCUUGAAAAGGAGAAUUUGAAGAAAGAAAAGUCAGAGCUUUCUAAAACUGCUUCAUUCAUAGAAAAAGAGAAAUCAGACCUUGCACUUCAGAAGUUGAAAAUAAUCAAAAUGGCCAUGCAACAAGAAUCUCCCUCAUCCCAGUGGCAUGAGAGUCUCAAUACACUCUCUUCAUUUUCUGUGAUAACUACCAAAGAUGGUUCCACUGUAGUGCCUUCUGCCAGAGAACUCAAGCAAUGUCUGAGUGCUCCAGAUUAUCAAGUGCAAUCCUCGACUCCUCUGUGGAAAGUUGGUAACCUUGUGACUCCUGAAGAGAAAAAAUCUAAAUCAGAAUUGAGUCUUGAAGAGUUAAAAUCUGUAUUGUCGGUUGAAACUUGUUCCACUGAUGAAUCAAAAGACAUUGGUCCAGAGAAUGCAAAUCUUCCUAAAUGGGCUUUAACAGCAAUGAACUCUUCCUCAUAUCCAUUCCAGUCUCAAGAUAUGACCUCCAUUUGCGAAACUUCAAUAGCUAAUAGCACUUCCAAUGAAGAACUGGAAUUAUCUACUGUAUCAUCUGAGCAAAAUUUAGAACUUCUCAAAGCUGCAAUGGAUGAUAUUGAGAAAAGACGUAAUCAUAUGUCCAGAUGAAACAGUUGGUAUUUGAACUUUAUUUAUUUAUUGUCUCUAAAGAUGAUUUUCUGUGGUCAGUAUCAAUUUAAGGUUGGUUUUAAUUGUCUGCUUGGAACAGAAUAUAGCAUAAAAUAUUUGUUCCUUUUUAUGAGUGCCUUAAUAUAUCAUUGUUCCUUAUAAUAAUAAAAAUACUUUUAAACA